AUGGGUAAUCAUCUUUCUUUAGCCAGACGAACGAAGAAAAAGAAGGAAUUUUCUGGAAGUUCAAACGAACAAAGCGACACAAUAUCUACCUCAAGCUCUUCGAGUGACAGUUUGUUCUCUAAUUCAAACUAUUUUCUAAGAAAUGACGAAGAGGAAUUUGAUCGACAGCAGAGGUCACAUUUUUUUUCAAAGUAUUUUUUUGAUGAGAAAAAUUUUUCGGCGCCGUGUACAGAUAUUUUGGAAAGCGGAUGUAAGGUGUUGGAUAUUGGGUAUGUAC